AUGAUUUGGGCUGCGAAAGAGGUGAGAGAGAUUGACAAUGUGAAGAGCGCCUGCGAAGCCACUUGCUUGUUGUUCAACAAGUUCCUCAGAAGUCAAAUAAUCGAAAUCGUCGAUGCAGACAAAAAGAUGAAACACUCUCGACUAGCAGAAAGCUGCGAGAAGGCCCUGAAUAACAAAAAGUACAUGAAUAACGUGGAUUUGUCACGCGUCGACCUGUGCUACCCGCCGAUCAUUCAGUCUGGCGGCAAUUACAGUUUCAAGUUCAGUGUACUCAGCGAUGACCAUGUGUUGCACUUUGGGGCUAUCAUCUGCUCUCUCGGCGUCCGUUAUCGUCAAUACUGCUCGAACAUCAUCCGUACUCUGCUCGUAGACCCGAGUCAGGAACUACAGGACCUUUACUCGUUGCUGCUCGAUGUUGAGCAGAAGGUAAUCGACUGUCUGAAGCCAGGUUCAAAAUUGUGCGACGUGUACGCGGCAGCCGUAGAAGUUCUUCGCGACAAUAGACCUGAACUUAUCGAAAAGUUUACGAAGAAUGUUGGAUUUGGAAUGGGAAUCGAGUUUCGUGAAAGUUCCCUUCUGAUUAAUGCGAGAAAUACGGUUUCGGUCGAAAGCGGCAUGGUCUUCAAUAUCAAUGUAGGCAUCGCCGAUAUUGAGAAUAAAACAGCGAAAGAUGAUGCAGGGAAAAAAGUGGCACUUUUCCUUGGUGAUACCGUCAUGAUCAACGAAGAAGGUGCGACGAGUUUGACGGAGGCGGCUAAAAAGCGAGUUAAACAUAUUUGCAUGUUUUUCAAGAGCGGAGCAGAGGAGAAGGACGAGGGCAAUAAAGAGAAUAUCAAUGAUUUGUUGAGCAGAACAAAGCGUUCUGUGGUUUUGCAGGAGCAACUAAGAAAAAAGCAGUCGGGCGAAGAGCGACGUAAACAGCAUCAGAAAGACCUGGCUGAACAACUCAACAAAAAUGCUAAAGAGCGACUGGCAUUAGCCAAGGACUUGGUCAUGGAACCGAAGUAA